AUGGAUGAUCCAGUGGCGGACAUCCCUCGGAUCAUCGAGACACUUUGUACCGCUCCACCAGCCAUCCAAAGGGCAGCAAUUGAGACCUACUUCACGCCGACCGCAUCCUUCACGCAUCCAUUUUGUCGAACAGGGAGCUUUCCAGGAUCAAUAUGGCUCAUCAUUAUGGUUUACCGCUGGUACAAAAUCCUCAGUCCUCAUAUUGACGUUGCUGUCGACGGAGUUGCAUUCGACGAAAAGCACCUACGCCUCUACGUCUCCAUCCACCAAAACUUCAAGCUCUGGGUGGUUCCCUUCUACAACGCCCCAGUCAAACUCGUCACCGUCCUCCAGUUGACAACGGACCCGACUCCGUUGCCGCCUGAACCCCAAGAGACGCUUGAGCCUAUGACCGCAACUGAACUUGACAACGGGAAGGUCGACACGGGAGGCAAUAUCACGCCAAACUCGUCCCAAAGUGGCGCAACUGGACGCAAGCAGACACAUGGAUCUGGCUCCACUCAUCUCACAUUCCACAAAGAGGCCUACGAUGGUGAUAGCGACCAAGUUAAGUACUAUAUUCAAUCGCAGAACGACCUGUAUCAGACUACCGAGUUCAUUAAAUUCCUUGUCCCUUGGGGAAUCGGAGUCUUCCUGGUGAUCACCUGGCAAUUUUGGGCAACAAUUCUCUGUGUUAUUGGCACCAAGACCUACGAUCUCCUGAUGUGGGUACCGCAAAAAUUCUACCGCCAACACUUUGAGGUUUUCGACAACGAUGAGAAAGCACACCCACAUCUCGGUGCCGAUUGA